UAAUGAUAGAGAUACGUUUUCUGUUUGAAUGUGUAUUUUAAUGAGACUUUGCUUCUCUUUCUCUUUCUUUCUUAAUUUGUUUUAGAAGGGUAUAGUUUUUGGGCUUGAGAUAUAUAAUUAUUAAAGCUGUGUAUAUGUGUAUGGGUGGUGCUUCUGUUAUGAUAUGUGUUCCUUUAUGAUCCAUCCUCCAAAAAUUGUGACUUUUAAAAGGCUUGUUUUCUGAGUUCAGGUACUUCUUUUUCAAACUUUUCAGCCUUUUUCCGUUCUUGGAUGCUUGAUGUUGAAGUUCUCAGUUUGGACCGUUCCACUUCUUGUUUUCUUCCUAUUUUUCUUCUUCUCGUCUCUUCUUUAUUUAUUUAUUCUUACAAUAACCCUUUCCUUCUACAGAUUAACCCAGACUAGUUACCAUUUCUAUAUUUAUUUUUACCAACAUAUUAAUUUUCCCAAGUAAAAAGACAUUAUAAAACAAAAAAGGAAGAAAAUGAAAAAAGAAAAAAAGAAAAAAAAGAAAAAAGAAGAAUAAUGUUUUUGCACUUGUUUGUAUUUGAGCUAUCAUUUCAUUUCUGUUUUUUACAUGUCCACUUGCUUUUUGUUUGAUGGGGAAGGAGCUUGUUUUCUGAUAAUGAACUUUGCAUAUGUUUGUUAGCUGCAUAGUUCCACUUGUUUUCUUUCUACUCUCUUUUGUUAUUGCUCUCUCUCUCUCUCUCUCUCUCUCUCUCUCUCUCUCUCUUAUAUAUAUUGUGUAGGGUCUACAAAACUAUAUCCAUGCUCCCUGAAAUUAAUGGUUGCCAUUUUUCCUGCUCAUUCCUCUUUUUGCUGACUCUAUACUUACUGCUCCAAGAUGUGCGAUCAGUUCUUAUUUGGUGCAAGAACUUCCUUUGUUUCUUUCUGCCUGUUUUUUUUCCAGCUUGCCCAUAUUUAAUGAAUGCCCAAACAUGUGCAACGUUUCUUGUUUGGUUUGGACCAACGGUUCGACUCACUGUCUCCGAUCCUGACCUCAUUAGAGAAAUCUUUACAACAAAGUCCGAAUUGUACGAGAAGAUUGAAGCUCACCCUCUGGUUAAACAACUUGAAGGUGAUGGACUCUUAAGUCUCAAAGGUGAAAAAUGGGCUCACCAUAGAAAAAUCAUUACUCCUACAUUCCACAUGGAAAAUCUCAAAUUGCUAGUACCUGUGGUGGCAAAGAGUGUGAUGGAUAUGUUGGAGCAGUGGUCGACAAUGUCGAGCUCAGACGAGGUAGAAAUCGAAGUUUCUGAAUGGUUUCAAACCCUAACAGAAGAUGUCAUUACAAGAACUGCAUUUGGUAGCAGCUAUGAAGAUGGUAAAGCGAUUUUCAGACUACAAGCACAGCAAAUGGUGCUAGCUGCCGAGGCUUUCCAAAAGGUUUCUAUCCCAGGUUAUAGGUUUUUUCCUACUAGAAGGAACAUGAAUUCGUGGAAAUUGGAUAAAGAAACAAAGAAAUCACUGAUGAAAUUGAUCGAUCGGCGGCGAGAGAAUUCAGGGAACCUAGUGCAAGAAAAGGGCAGUCCUAAAGAUUUGUUAGGACUAAUGAUACAAGCAUCAAAUUCAUGCCCGAAUGCGGUGACAGUACACGACAUAGUAGAAGAGUGCAAGAGCUUUUUCUUUGCAGGCAAACAGACCACAUCCAAUUUGCUGACGUGGACAACGGUCCUACUAGCAAUGCACCCACACUGGCAGGUGCAAGCACGUGAGGAGGUGCUGAGGGUGUGCGGAUCACGUGAGAUACCCACCAAAGAUGAUGUUAUAAAGCUUAAGACGCUGGGCAUGAUAUUGAAUGAAUCCCUACGUCUAUAUCCACCCACAAUCGCAACGAUCAGACGGUCGAAAACCGAUGUAGAGCUAGGGGGCUACAAGAUCCCGCGCGGGACCGAGCUUUUGAUACCAAUCUUAGCCCUUCAUCAUGAUCAGACAAUAUGGGGAAACGACGCAAAUGAGUUCAAUCCAGGACGUUUUUCAGAUGGUGUAGCGAGAGCAGCUAAGCACUCUAUAGCCUUCAUACCUUUUGGGCUGGGAGUCAGAACUUGCAUUGGCCAAAACUUAGCCAUUUUGCAAGCUAAAUUGACUCUUGCUAUUCUAUUACAACGCUUCUCCUUUAGAUUGGCACCUACUUACCAACAUGCCCCCACCGUUCUCAUGCUACUAUACCCACAAUAUGGUGCACCCAUCAUUUUUAAAAGGCUACUCAAUCCAAUUCACCCAUCUACCUACUAAAAGGUUUCAUACUCAUAGACCAAAUACCCACCCCACCCCCACAAAAAAAAAAAAAGAAAAAGAAGAUUAGAAGCAACCCCCCAUAAAAUUUCUCUAUAACAACCUAUGCUUUUGCGUGUGAGAGUGCACUUAUGCUACAAAAAGAAAUUUAAAAAAAAAAAAAAAACAAGAUACCAUUGUUGGGUUUUGAUAAUUUCUAUAGGACCUUUAAAGUGAGAGAAUAUCUUCUUACGUAUCUAAAUCUACCCAUCUUCUUUCUUUUAUAUAUAUUUACCCCACCCUUUCUUUUGAUAUUUUUAUUUUAUACUAACCCUUUCCAUGCCCAUGGUUUUUUUACCAACUUAUUUUACCUUGGCAUGUAAUUGUUAUGUAACCCAUGGUUUUCACCAAAGUGUUCACCUUGGCAUUUGAGUUUCUAAUUACAACUAGGAAGACAUUUGCUAACAGCUAGAUAGCUCCAUCUCCCUUACCUUUUCUCUUGUACGUAAUGUAUAUUUGCAAGCAAUCUCUCUAUACAGUUUUGUAAUAUUAUGCUUUCAUUUGUUUUAUACAUUUUGUUGUUUAUUUAUUA